AUGGCAUGCGUGCUCCUCUUCAGUCGAAUCCCUCCCUUCUCGCACCGGCUCACGCGGACAUCCAUUUGCUUCCUGUCGAUGUUCCUGUGUUACCUGUGCUACUGUACACUGUUCCCGGCCGACAGCAUCAUGCAGAAGGCAGGUGAUCCGACGCCCGGCUGUCAGCGCGCGCCGGCCGAUGGAGCCAAAAGGCGCGUUCAGAAACCACCGUCGUGCGCGUUGCCGUUGGACGCCAGACCGAGCAGCAGUGAGGCAUCUCGGUUGAAAUCCGACCAAAGACCUCCUUCGACUCUCCACGUCGACACGCCCAGUCCUCCGAUGGGGAACUUAAAGUUCGGCAAUAAAAAGUUACCGAACGCCAUCAUCGUGGGGGUGAAGAAGGGAGGCACCAGAGCGGUGUUGGAGUUCAUCCGGAUUCAUCCGGAGGUGCGCGCGGCUGGCACAGAGACGCACUUCUUCGACCGGAACUAUGGCCGAGGCCUGGAGUGGUACAGAGGCUUAAUGCCAAGGACUCUUGAAAGCCAACUCACGAUGGAGAAGACGCCGAGCUACUUUGUGACAAAAGAGACGCCGCAACGGAUCUCUGCCAUGUCCCGAGAUACCAAGCUCAUUGUGGUGGUGCGUGACCCCGUCACCCGUGCUAUAUCUGAUUACACCCAGACUUUAUCCAAAACCCCCGACCUGCCGAGCUUCCAGGAUCUGGCCUUUAGAAACCAGAGCCUGGGCAUUGUGGACGUGUCCUGGAACGCCAUCCGGAUCGGCCUGUACGCUCUGCACCUUGAGAACUGGCUGCGCUACUUCCCCCUGGCUCAGAUUCACUUUGUGAGCGGCGAGCGGCUCAUCACGGACCCGGCGGGGGAGUUGGCUCGGGUGCAAGACUUCCUCGGGCUGAAGCGCAUCGUCACAGACAAACACUUCUAUUUCAACCGCACCAAGGGCUUCCCCUGCCUUAAGAAGCCGGAGAGCAGCGGCUCGCCUCGCUGCCUGGGCAAGUCCAAGGGCAGAACUCACGUGCAGAUCGACCGAGACGCCGUCGAGCGGCUGCGAGACUUCUAUCGACCUUACAAUGUCAAGUUCUAUGAAAUGGUGGGUCACGACUUCAAGUGGGAGUAG